GAUUGCCUAAUCAAACCAUGCGCUAGUGGCUACAGUUACGGCGGGAAAUUUGAGUCAUCUGUAAAAAACGUGGAAACGAAUGAAAAUAACGACUUUAAUGUUAUCAAUGAUACACAAAAUGAUAACACUGACCAGGAGCAAGAUGGCGUUAUGCUGCUGGUUUCUGCUGCUAGCAGUGUUAGUAACGGACGCAUUACCGAUCACUUCGAAACCACUGGACAACAAUCCGGACCAUCUGACGUGGGAGGCUGCAUGGCUAUCCGAGGACAACCGAGCAUCGAUACCUCUCGGAGGAAAGUCAAAAAAAAUCACUCCCAAAUCGAUCUUCAUCACACCGUUCCUCAAUAGUUACAACACGUCAUCGUGCCCACCAGAUUACAAGGUUGACUACAACGGCAAAUGUAUUCAGGUGGUGAGCAUCAACACGGCGGACAUCCUGGUGACAAAGCUUCAGAGUCUUUUCUCACAGCAUGGCGACGGUGGCAACAACGGUGCAGGUACUGGAGAAGAUGACUACGACUAUGAUUAUGAUUCGACGGGACCGUUCCAUGUUAAUCUUCCACUCAGCAUCGAUUUACCGCCAGAACCACCACAACAACCCGUCCAUCAAGCAACAUCCAACCUGACUUACCAAGAUAUUCCCCAACCAAGCUUCUACGAUAGUGCCAUGGUAGAGAUUGCAACAGUUGACCAGGAUAAAGCAAAAAUAACAACCGUAUCGGUUAAUGAUUCAGAAAAGCCAUCCUCCGUUAAGCCCUUUCUUGCCACGUCCACCCCCAGUACACCCAAACCGGCACAGGUGGACCAUAAACUCGCCGACAGUACGCAUUCCGACAUUUCCUUUCUCGCAUUUGAAACCCUUCCCAACGGAACGCUGGUUGGACAGGUCGAACUGGAAGGAAAAAAUAUUACGAUGGUGCAGAGUAUUUUUGUUUCAUCCACUACAACUGAUAUACCGAUGGCCGACAGAGGCAGCACAGCGGAGUCUACAGUCAUUGAGCUCACUAGUAGCACCGGUACAACAACUAAUCGUGAUGUUGAUACAACUUUUGCGGAUGGUGAUGCAGUAGCGAGCACAUUGCUAUACACACAGGACGUGUUAACGACUACGGCAGUGCAAGGUGACGGUGUUGGGAACAACACAGAAAACGAACAAGAUGAUGCAAUAAUCACUACUACAGACGACACAAGUAAGAGUGUGACGAGUACAACCGAACAAAAUGACUUGGACAUGGAGCGAAUGAAUCUGGAGUUGGAAGACGAAUUAUUGCUAAUAGACAGUAAUCGUAGUUCGCUAGCUCCAUCGGCUCUAUCCAAUACGGACGUUUUUGAGACCGAUCUAAACACACUUCCAACAGUUGAAACUGUUCCAAGCGAUGAACCAAAAAUGGUCGACAAAGAACCCGAACCUGUUACAGUGAGCACAACAUUUUCUCCUCCUAUCCAUGCAUAUGUGGCAAUACCUACUAAGCCUUCAGUUCAGAUCAUUACACCGAUCAAGGGUAGUUGGGAUCUGGGAAUCAAAAGUGGAUCAGCACACCUGAUGGCUGCUAGCCAUCUCAUACAACACGAUCGUACGACACGUGCCACACCGGAAACAACCACACUUGCGAUUAAUGUGGAGACAUCGACCCAGAAACCGAUCGACCAGAUGGUACAACAAGACUCUCUGGACGAUAGGAAAAACAGCGAAGGAGUUGGCCGUCAGGAGGCUCAGCAUGCAAUGCGUGAAGUAAACGAGGCUAGUAAUAGUGUUGUGUAUGCUUCACCAAUCGCUUCUACCAAUGAGCUGAGUGUAUCCUUCCCCAAAUUUGAUACUACAACUGCCAAUAGCAUCCUGCAGGUUCUGCCAAUCGCCUCAACGCCUGGCAGUAGCAAUAAAAAUUAUUUAGAACAGUUACGUAAAAUAAAUGAAAUCGUGGCUGAAAAGCGACGUCACCAGCAACAAGAGCAUCAUUUCGGUGGAGGUUCUUCUAGUACGCGCAUACGAUUCCCAUCGCAAGAUGAAGAACAAAUGUCCGGUGCAGCGAGUAACAAUUAUCCUCAGGAAGCAAGCGGUAUUCGAUUUCCCGGUACGGCAACAAACCGUCUUACACCAUCUAGCAAUAAUCGUCUUCCAGAUAUCUUCUCCAAGAAGUCACCGGACAGUACGACGCAACGUCCCGCCUUCUGGUGGCUCCCGUCUGGGUGGGAGGUCGACCAAACUGGCAAUAAACCGAUGUUACUGCGUUUCUGGUCCCGCAUGCCACUUGUACGGGACAGUGCACUGCAUUCAACAUCGUCAACAAACACGGGAAAUGUCAACCACGAUCCUAUUGAUACUGCUACUGAAACUAGUAACAACCGAUGGCGUUCGGCAACAGGCUUUUAUCAGCAACAGCAGACAACAGGUGCAUCACACCCGGUAGCAACAGCACGAGGCAACUCAAAGAGUCCAACCGAAAAUUUCUACAAGGAAGUUUCCGCCCAGGAAGUUUACAAGGUGAUGAACGCACGACAGCUGAACCACAAUCAUCAGAGAUAA